GCUUCGUGAAGCCGAAAAACUACAAAGCAAAUCUGCGGCAUCAAGUGCAGCGUGAUGGAUACUUAUACCAGUUUGCGUGAUGGUUGAAAGUUUGAAAGUAAGCCGAGAUAGUGAAGUUACAAAAUCUUGAAGUGAAACAACCACCAACAAAUGCAGCCUCCGCAGCAGAACCGCAACCGGCCCGGCACGGCGGUGGGACCGCGCAGUGCCACGCUGGUUCGCGCGGGGUUGCAGGACCAGCGACCGAGGUCCGCGUCCGGGACCAAACUACCGCAGCGCCCCCGAUCCGCCGCCGCCGCGGCCGUGCUACAAAAUCGCGUGAAUCAGCUCGAGCAGAUGCUGGACCUGCAGCGCAACGAGUACAAGGAGCGGGUGGAGCGGUGGGACCAACUGCUGAAUCGCAAGUUCACCAUGCCGGUUCUGGGCGCAUCCGGUUCCGGUGGUCACGCAAGUGUGAAGCUCAAAUCCCUCGAAGAAUACGUGGCCGACGAAGAAAUGAAAAAUUCGACCGAAGCAGGUGGCAGGAAUAAUAGAGCAGCGGGCACUAGCAACGGUAAGAACAAGGAAAACAGAAAUACAGCCAACGUGGGUAAUCACAACAAUAUCGCUAUUGCUCGAAACAAUAAGUUGAAUCGCAACAAGUCGGCCGGGCGAAAGGGAAACAAGAGGAGUAAGCAAGGCGGACUGGUAGAUGGGGGCGGAGCUGCAGCAUCUUCCCGAAACAAACAAUCGCACAACCAGCAGCAAUAUCUUGGGCAAAAGUGAGUAUCGUACUCGUGUAUGCAAUUCUUGCGACCGUGAACAAGGUGAACCUUCUUGACAGAUUUGACUUCUCGAAACAUUUUAGCAUGCUAUUUGCUUACGCUAGUCCGAUACUUUUCCUUUUGCAAUGCAUAAGGAAAACACGACGACCCAUAAUAGGAUGCGUGUGGAAGGGAACAACGAGCUAAACUCCAACACAACCUCCGUCGAGGACUCUACCAGCACCGAAGAAAACGCCGUCGCUACCAUCGACGCGCUGAAGCCGCCGCCCGAUAUCGUGCAGCACCACUCGCACUUAUUGCUUGACGUGGAGGGUGUAUCCAAGAAAAAAACUGUAUUAGUGUAAGUCUUUUGGGAAAACAGCAUCACAAGUUUGUCUGCAAUGACAAGAAACGCUUGCUAUGCGCAGAUAGGAAGGCAAAACACAUAGGAAGCGAGCCGAUCAUGCAUGUCGAGCAUGACAAGUGUAAACUCUUUUGCAUUUUCUGCAUAGGAGAUUUACACUCGCACUGUUUUUCUCUUGCAUAGGGUGACGAGGAGGAUUCCGCUGGAGUAGAGCAGCGGCAGAUGGAGGACGGAGAUCGGAAUAACCACCACCCGGGGCGGCCCUACGGAACAAACACCGCGCCGUUGGGGUCCUUCACCUUCUCCAGAGACGGGCGCGACACGGAUGUCGAAAACGGUGGUCUUCACACUGCUGGUGGCAACGACAACAUGCAGAUCGAGCAGAACAACUACGAUGUUGAACCGGAAUUCGGGAUGGGCCCAGCGGCAGGAACUACUUCCAGUAGAAAUGCUGCUACAGCAAUAUUACAGGGAACAGCAGCAAUAGGAGGACAGCAACAGAACAAUAUUUAUCCUGCAGCGACGUCUCAACACCUCUACAACCUCCCCUCGAGCGCCGGAAAUACAACAAAUAAAACGCCUUCCUCGCCAAGCUCCUACCGUGGUCAGCAGCACUUAGGAGGUGCAGGCACUGUUCCGAAAUCGCAGUGCACCACCGCCCGGUUUUCAAACGGCGCAGGGGCUAUCAAAUGCAAAUAUGUUUGGGUCUGGAAGGAUGCGAACUUGUGAUGCGUGUCGCGGAUCAAACAAAAAUCUGUGUUGCAUGACUUGCAAAAGGUCCCCAUUUCUGGCCAUGCUGAGUGGGCAUUUCUCAUGCAGAAUAGGCAUCACUAAGGGGCUGCAGAACCUGUGAUGCUAGGUCCUGCAUUACAGACUUGGCGGACCUUGGAAAAACUGCAUGACAAAUCUCGGAAUCUUCCAGACCCACACAUGUCUGCAUUCCAUAGACGCGCAGGACGAGCAAUUCAGCUACCGCACCCCGACGAGCGGGGCAGGAGGGGGAUUUGGAGGAGCAGUAGUGGUUCCAGCUCUUAUAUCCAAGAAAAAAACGUUGUUAGUGUAAAUUUGUGAUGCGCAACAUGCAAAGUAAUUGCGUCUGUCAUGCUUGGCAUGCAUCGUAGGGUCCAUUAAAGGGCGUUUUCACGUACUAUCUGCGCAUGACAGGUUUUUGCUGUCAUGCCAGACAAAUUUGCAAUGCUGUUCCUCCAAGAAAGUUACACCUACAAUGUUUUUUUCUUGGAUAUCUUACAACUACACUUGGGACAAAUGUUAAAACCGCCACCAGCAGUAGCAGCAGCGCUGCGGCAAAACCGCGUGGGCAGGACGACCAGCAGGAGGCGCAACACCAGCCGGAACCGAGUCGGACGAGCAGCAGUCAGUUUCUCUUCAACACGUACGAGCCGCCUGAUGAGAACAGUGCGACUUCGGAUCUGGACGACGACGUGGAUCCUGACGAUAAUCCUGGUCAACGAAGACCUACUAGUGGAAGAAACGCUAAAGGCGGCAGGAAGAAGAAGCAGUCCUCGUCUGCGCAGCUGGCGAACAAAUACCAAGCCACGGGCAUCGAUUUUGACAAGAAAAACAAUCCCGCACAACUCGCGGCGACGCAGCGGUCCGCGGCGCGAACAUUGUCCCCUAGCCCCGACACCCGUCGAGGAAGGGCCGGCCGGCCGUCCUCGAGUUCCCCUAGGGGGCCCGCGGGUGCUGGUGGUAGUAGUUCCGCGCAAAAAAUGAAUGGCGCCAGGGGGAGCAGUGCGAACAGGAACUCAAACUCGCCGAGUGGAGGUCCUCGUGGAGGGACGAACAAAACGGACAGGACGAACGACGACCCUGGGCCGAUGCUGCGGUCGCCACCGGGCAUGCGAGACCACCGGUUGGGCAGUAAUUCGCCGCCGCGGAGUAUCGCAAGAAAAAAGUGUUACGGUUACACAAAUAGUCCAUGCAGGCCAAGCAAGACAGACCAGCUCUGUCAUGCCGGAUAUGCAUAGGAGCUUCGUUUCAUGGGUGCUUUAUUCCCUUAGGAUUUCUGCAUUGCAAGUUGCAUUCUCUCUCAUGCAGAGAAAUUUGUGUUGCUGAAUCGACAACAAAUGUGUAAGUGUAACAGUUUUUUCCUGUGAUACGGAGUCACCGGGCCUUGCACCAAGAGCGCAUGGAGGACCUAUGCAUUGCAAAGAUGUCUCGGUCUGGAAGCAUGGAGCUUGUAAUGCUAGUCGUGCAUUCCUGUAAAAUCUGUAUUGCAUGACUAUACAAAGAAGACGCCCUCUUUAGUCAUACAAAGCACAGUGUCUCAUGCGGACUGAGCAUGAGAGAGCGUUCUGCAAACUUGUCAUGCUUGGCUGCAUUGGCAAAUAUUUCAGUCAUCCACAGUUCAGCAUCACAAGUUUCCAGAGCCAGACAUAUUUGCAUUUGAUAGGACCACUUUGCGCACAAUUACAAUCCCGGGUUCUACGGCUCCAACAACCACGGCCACGACGUGAUGCACAUGAAUUUCGCGUCUACCCUAUCCUGAGCGAAAACGUCCCCAUUGUCAUGCAGAUUUGCAAUUACAGGAAAAUUUGUAAUGCGCACUCUUAUGGAAGACAUUUCCAAUCGUGUUUAUUUGGAAUUUGUGAUGCUGUAAACAGGAUAAGAAAAAGGCUUUCUGAUGCAGCUGUCCUUGCUAAACUGCACUACAAUACACAGAGAAACUUGUCAUGCGUGACUCGCAAAAGUUCUGAAUUUGUGUUGCUAAGUUCCCAACUUGCCUAUGGGGUGGGGACGGUUUUUCAAAGGAUACACCCGACCGCAGUCGGCCGCGCCCGCGAAAAAUCGGUGGACGGUGCACGCGCACAAGGAACAGAUGCUAUGCGUUGCAAACAUGUCCUUGUCUGGAUCUGGCAGAUUGCAAGUUGUCAUGCUGAAUCUACACCAUGCAAUCGCAAAAUAAAAAUCUGUGUUGCAUGAGUACCAAGCAAAAGGUGUUCGCUUUUGACCAAGUUGAGAGAGGGUUUCUCAUGCAGGAAAGGCAUGAUAAAGACCUCAAAGAGUCUGUCAUGCUGGGUUCCCCAUUCCAGACCUCACGGGUCAUGGAAAACCUGCAUGACAAGUUUUGCAACCUUCCAGACCCUGAAGUGUUUGCAUUUGAUAAAAGCAGGCCCUGAGCAAUCGACCGCGGACCGCUCCCUACGGGUCGUCGGCGCACCAGGUGGCCAACCAGCGGGACAAGGACGAGUCCUACAAUGCGCUCAGCAACCUGCAACAGAUGUUCACCAAAGUGCACAAGGAAAAUCAGGUCCUGAUCCAGCAAAAGCUAAACGUGGAAACGGAAUUGCGCGAGUAUUUGUCGACGAAGGAAGGCCACAUGGCCAAGCAUAUGGAUUGCAAAUAUGUCUGGGUCUGGAAGAUUGCGAAAUUUGUCAUGCUAGUCUGGCAUGACUCUGAACUCUGUGUUGCAUGGCCGCGAAGAGCUCCUCCCCCCUGUCAUGCAAAAACGCAGUUUGUCAUGCGGAGUACGCAACUCAGAACCAUGAACAAAACUUGUCAUGCUUGGCAGCACAUCAUAGUGAGUUCACGACUCCCUUUCUUGCAUCACAAGUUUCCAGAUCCAGACAUUUUUGCAUUUGAUAAAGGAAAUAUUCGAACAACGGGAUUUGGUGAAGUCCUUGCGCACUCGACUUUACAACAUGGAGCAGGAUAACGUGCGCGCGACGGCGAAAGCUAAGCGGUGUGAAAUAUCAAAUGCAAAAAUGUCUGGGUCUGGUUCUGGAAGAACGCAACUUGUGAUGCUGCAUUUGGAUGUCUAAAAAAUUUGUGUUGCAUGAGCAGCAAAAGGAUUCUAAUUUUUGCUACGCGGAGAGGGCAUUUGUCAUGCGGAAUAGGCAUCAAGAAUCCCUCAGAAAACCUGUGAUGCUAGGGCAUGCAUCACAGAUCGAUCAUGGCUCAUGCAAACCGUGCAUGACAAGUCUCAGAAAAAUCUUCCAGACCCAGACAUUUUUGCAUUUGAUACGAAAGAAGGGCAUACGAAGAAGAAAUGUUCCUGAAGCAAGCGUAUUUUUAGAUUCUUCUUUUUGUUGUCAUGCGGGAUGACAAGUAUAAAUGCAAAAAUGCAUCACAAGAAAAUUGCUUACUGGUGUCAUAAUUUUGCGCAUCAGAAAUCCACAUCUUAUAUCAGCAUGAAGGAGAUUAUCGAAGCGUCAGGAUUGAAAUCGUCAAAGUUGAAAUAACUUGCAAUGCAUAAAAUCGAUACCAGUUCGAAGCCCAAUUUCCAAGCGGCGCAUGACAAAUUUCCCGAGCACCGGAAUCCAAUUUGUCAUGCUGUUUGGGCACAGACGACUGCUUUUGUCAUGCUACUUUAGCAGCUCUAUUUCAAACCCUAAACAGGCUGACAGUCGGCCUCACUUGCCAUCCCGGCAAGACAGGCACUUCAUGCCUUGCAUUUCAUGCAUGACAAAUCAUUUCAACUUUGUCGAUUUCACACCUGACGCUUCCAUAGAGAUCGAGACUCUGAAGCAAGUAACGGUGGAACUGCAGCGCAUGAAUUUGGAGCUACAUUUACGAAAAGUUGCGUUGCGGGCGAGCCAGGACAUAAACUGGUUGUCAUGCGAAUUGUCAUCAUGCUGGAUCUGGAAAUAAAGCGCCAGCCGCUUUUUUUCUCUCGCGCGCGUGAGCAAGAGAGCACCAGCAACCGGCCGCUAUUGCAUAGACAUGACAGCAAGUUUGCUAUCUAUGUGUUGAAAAUAAUAAAUUUGAUGUUCUGCCUCUCGUCCGCUUUCCUCCCUUCCAUACACGGAAUCCCCCCAAAUGAAGCUGAUUGAGCAAAAGCUGUACAAGUUUCAGAAGGGCCUCACCAAACGCACGAAGGAGCUGAACGACCAGAACGAUGCCCAGGAUGAGGCGGUGCAGGAGAUUUGGGUCCGGGUAGAGAAGGUGAACACCAAGGUGGACGGGCUCUACGCAAUGACGGAAGCGGUAUUUGGUUUGUGUUGUAGAUGGGAAUUGCAAAAGAAAGGCGCUGUAUCAUGCACUAAGAUCGAAGAAAAUUUCAUUGAAAAACAAAGAUCUGAAUCAGUCUACCAAGAAGAGAUACUUAAUUACUUGCCCGAGUCUCGACCUACUUCUCCGUGAAACAAAAUCCAGCUGCAGCAAGACCGGAAUGAGGCGGGCGUGUUGCUGAAGGUCGGGCGGGAGCGGAUCAAAGAGUGCAAGCAGACGUUGCAGAAACUGGCCCAAGACUUCCAUACGAACUGCAACAGUAUCGUACUCGUAGUAUCUAUUGCAACACAAAUUAGCUCAGCACGACAAAUGGGAUUUCUCAUGCUGAUCGAGCUUGAAAAAGAAAUUUGUCUUGCAUGACUGCGAUCAGUACGACGAGUGCGAUACUUUUGCACAGGAUGUUCCAACAAUUGAAGCAAAACGCGGACGACUCGGAGCGAAAAUACCAGCGAAUCUUGAAGCGUCAAGACGAGGAAACCAACAAGAUCAACGCGCUGCAGCGAACGUACAGGGAGAUCCUGGAGGAGGUGGUGGGCAAUAACAAGUGGUACAAGCGAACGAAUAAGGAUUUGGAAAACGAAAAUGCGCAGUUGAAAAAGGAAAACACGGAACUGCUAGAGUCGCUGAUGGCCUACUUGAUGCUGAACCAGCAGUCUUCGCUCCUGAAGGGCAAGGCGAAGAAAGCGCUAGAUCCGUUAACCGUCACCGCGGAAAAGAAGCGGGUGCCACCCCCGUUGGACAACCGGAAAGCGAUAUGCAUUUUGCAAAUACUUGUGUCUGAGGCUGGAUAAUUUGUGAUGCGAAAGUUGAAGGACAGGAAGAUCUGUGAUGCAUGGCUAGGAGUGGCGGCGCCUUUUGUGUCGUGGUGGAAGAGAGUUUGUCAUGCAAAGCCCGGUACUAGAAAUCGCUUCGCAAUGCUGGGAUCCGAAAAAUUUGUGUUGCGCUAAUGCCGUACAAAGCAUCGCCCUUUCAUGCCACACUCAGCAUGACAGGCGGCGCACUUUCAAGUAUCCAGGCCCAGAUCGUCGAAGAUAUUUGCAUUGGAUAAGCGAACGAGAAAGACGAUGACGGCAACGCGCACAAGAGCAGCAUCUCCACGCAGCCCUACCCCAUCCACGAGCCGAUUGACUUGCCGCCGCCGCCGGAGGGGGCGUUGCUCAGUCCACGGGUCCUGGUGGAGGGGAAAAACGUGCCGAUUUUGCUUGGGGAAAUUGUGGAUGUGAACUGUUAGACCUAGAAAUGUAUAGAAUUUUAUCGAGCUGAUAUUUGCCGUAGUACUUACUUCAGAAGGUUUGAUGUACCAGGUCGGUGGAUCAUACCUCAAUUUCAACGUAUCUGUAUCAACGAUUAGAACAAUGACCAAUAAUUUAACAACAACUUAAAGAAUUAGUGAAGACAGACUCCGAAUCCAAGACAUCUUGUCGUGAAGAAUGGUAAAAAAUGGACGACGGCAAGUUGAAAAACUACGUCUUGAAAAGUUGUAACUUGAAAUGUACUCUCUGUAUCACCUGCUGUAGUGGACAGCUUGCCUUCUGCUCCUGCGGAGUUGCAAUAUUAAAGAAAGAAUCUUCCAGGGAAAAUGUUAUGGCUUGUACCCACCAAUGAACGAAUGUAUCAACCGAAUCAAUAUGUGAUGAAAUUCUUCUAUCACAGUCUCAAGUGCUGAAAAUAAAUCAUCAACUCCUCCUGUUGCAAACGGAGUGCCGGAACUUCUUCUUUUUCUAUGUACAAAAAGAAAACGUCGAAACUUAUCUUCGAAAUAAACGCCUCCCGCGAUAUCUUCGAUGUCGUAAUUGUCUUUCAGAACUUCUUAUUUCCACUUUAUUGCUACCACUGUUCCUGUUUCACUGUAAGUAGAGCAGUUUCACUGAGAUGAAAGUAGACAAUGCCUCGCUCCUGGCCUGACACGAAUUCGAAUGCUGGUGAAGGUAGAGAGCUACAGGUGAAAGCCAGUAACAAACUGUACCUACGCACUAGAAGUGCGACAAAAUCAGGGAAAAAAAUUACGAGGGCUUGUGUUGCUGAUUUUGGUUGAUUGAGCAGACUUACACAGCAGCGGCGGCGUAGUGUUCUACUACAGAAUGUCGUGUUUCAGAUGUAAUUCUCUCUGUUCUUGAUCGUAGAUAGCUUAGAAGUCCGGGGAAAACGUCGCAAAAAAA